AUGCCUGAGCGGUGCUGUGUAAAUAAGAUAAGAGAGUUACCGAGCCAUCGAAAGGCAAGUGUUUUACUGAGAAAACACAAAACGAAACGCCAAGAAAGAAAAGCGAGCAAGAAACUGAGCCAAUCCAAGCAAGCCCUAAAAAUGGUGGUCGAAGACGCACUCAAGACUUCAGCUUCAGAAGAUCAGGCCAAGACCGAGACGAACCCUAAACCAAGGGAAGAGGACGAUGAGCCCGAAGAAGGAGAGAUCGUGGGCGACGAAGAAUCGGCGUCGAAGCCAUCGAAAGGAAUAGCGCCACAGUCUCAUGCUCUGGAGCACUCAUGGACCUUCUGGUUCGAUAGCCCCGCAGCAAAGUCCGCUAAGACUAAGCAAGAGGAUUGGGGGAGUUCCAUUCGCCCGAUCUAUACCUUCAGUACCGUCGAGGAGUUCUGGAGCAUUUACAAUAAUAUACGUCAUCCAAGCAAGUUGGCUAUUGGCACGGACUUCCAUUGUUUCAAAUAUAAAAUUGAGCCAAAGUGGGAGGAUCCUGUGUGUGCUAAUGGAGGGAAGUGGACUGUAACUUUUCCUAAAGGGAAAUCUGAUACUUCUUGGCUGUAUACGUUGCUAGGAAUGAUAGGAGAACAGUUUGAUCAUGGAGAUGAAAUUUGUGGAGCAGUUGUCAACGUCAGAAAUAGGCAAGAAAAGAUAUCUAUUUGGACGAAGAAUGCAAUAAAUGAAGCUGCUCAGCUGAGCAUUGGGAAACAGUGGAAGGGGUUUCUGGAUUACAAUGAAACUAUAGGGAGGAUGCAAUGA